CAAAGCAAGACCAGACAAGCAAAUUCAAACAAAACCACACCUGAUUAACUGUUCAACUUAAAAGAGUUAAAUGUUGGCAUUACUGUGGGAAAAAAACGGCCAUGAUUCCAACACAAAGUAUCAGAAUAUCCAGAAGUAAGAUACCUUUACUUAAAGAUAACUUUUGUAAAAAGGCCUGGAAAAAUCCAGUUUCCAGAUAUUGAAAUACAAUAUAAAAGAACAAAUAAAUUCCUCUUAAUCCCAGUCUUUAUCAAGGCUUUCUCUGAUUUUGGUGACAAGACAUCGUCUAAUAACCAAUAUUUGAACGUCAUUUACAAGUAAAAGCCCUAAAAACGUCUACUAUUAGGUCAAGCUCUACGAACAUGGACCUGGGGUGCGCGCGCGGGGGUCUGCGUGACAAUUGGGCGGGGCAGAAAAAGUUGAAGAGGCGCGAGGACGAGCAAAACUCCGCUUACGUCACCUAACGUCACCUGGACUUUCCGCAGGUGUCACGGUUUCUGUUCAGACAGAGCGCGGAGACCGGGAGCAGCGGUGGGACUCCCGCGAACACGCUCCUGUUUCCGGGAUUUGCCUUUGGGAAGUUUUCUGAAGUUCGGAAGAGAAGAGAACGCGGAGCUCCGUCCGUGAACGCCUCACUCACGCAGCGGGAGUCAGCGCCGGUCAUGUCGGCCGUCAAGGCCCUGCAGCAGUGGUGCCGGGUCCAGUGCGAGGGAUACCGGGAUGUGUCCAUCACAAACAUGACCACGUCCUUCAGGGACGGCCUGGCCUUCUGCGCCCUCAUCCACAAACACAGACCCGAGCUCAUUAACUUCAACUCUCUGUCAAAGGAAGAUGUCUAUGAGAACAACAAGCUGGCCUUCAAGGUUGCAGAGGAGAAACUGGGAAUUCCUGCACUGUUGGAUGCAGAAGACAUGGUCGCUCUCAAGGUUCCUGACCGCCUCAGCAUCCUGACAUAUGUCUCACAGUACUACAACUACUUCCAUGGUCGUAACCCUAUCGGUGGUAUGGGGGCUAUCAAACGCCCGGCGGACGGCCCCAUGGGGGAGACGCCUGGGAAAAAGAACUCGGCAGUGGCGUCUAAAGUCUUUCCUGGAUCUAAAGAUGCAAGAGAAAACAGUCCUCCUCCCUUUCUAAACAGGACAAGACCUUCUCCUUCACCCAAACAAAGCCGAAAUGCACUGCAGGAUGUUAAUGCUGAGAAACCAUCUCAGACUGGUACACUGAGUAACAAAUGUGCGUCCUGUAAUACACACGUACACUUGGUGCAGCGACAUCUACUGGACGGGAAGCUUUACCACAGGAACUGUGCAAGGCAGUUAUCACCAAACACAAGCUCACCUCUUCGGGAUUUACCCACCAACAACUAUGUUUUAAAGCCUCAACCAGAUGCCAGUAAAACCAGAACAACGAGUCCUGCUCAAACACCGAUCAAAGCGGGACCAUCGUGGCUGACCAAACAACCUGCCACGCCUUCCAGUAUUUCUUCUACUUCACCUCCUUCAUCAACUGUUGCUUCUGCUGCUAAGGAAAGAAUGCCACUAGUUGUGUCCAAACCCACAGUUUCACAUGUCACUAGGAACACCUCCUCAAUCACCACACCUGUUCCCGCUCCUCGCUCUUCAAUGACUGCGGCCAAGACAAAGGAGACCAAGCUAAAGUUCCUCCAAGCUGAGAAGCCGUCUAACCCACAGGAGAAAGCAACAACAACUAUCAAGUUGGACAUAAAUAAAGGUCACAGUGUGACGGCUAAGAAGCCAGAGUCCACGGUGGGUCAGGCUGUGACCUUAUUCGUUAGUGUGAAGGAUCAAAAUAAGGGUGCUACUGUUGCUAAAACAACUGGUGUGGGAGAGACUGUGAGCAGCAAACAGACAGACAGCGACAGUAAUAAGAAAAAAGCUUCAGCAGCAGCUUUUCUCUCAAAGAAAAUAACAGAAGAAAACAACAAUGACACUAAACCCCAGUGGAUGAAUGUAGCUCUCAGGAAAACUGACAAACCUCAGCCACAAACGGAAACAACUAAAGCAGAAACUGAGGCUCCUAGAGGGCGGAUCAGGCUGAAAGCAAACCCAUCACUGCUCGCUGACCUGCAGCCUUUAGACAACCCAAGUUCUGCUCCCAGUGGUAGAUCUCCAGAACAGCCUUCAGACAAAGGAGGCCUGAAGUCUGGCAAAGCUUCAACUAACACUUUAGUUUCAAACAAUGAGUCUCCUGUAGAUUGGAGGUCAAAGCUGAAGCCUGUUUCCAAAGAAAUUAAAGAAGCAAAACCUGCCAGUAUUCCAGUGUCUCCUGCUAAACCGUGGUCCAAUGGAGCUGGAAAGACUACAGAACUUCCUGUUGGACCGUCUCCAACUCCUCAUUCAGCCAGCUCUUCUGCAAAUUCACAUUCACCAAAGGUACUCGAGAAAAGCCUCAAACCGCAAAGUAUAAACGGCACCAAGCCAGAGUCAAAGGGCACUAAGACAAAGCCGAACUACAUUCCCAGAGAGGAGAUCAUCAAGGAGCUCCAGGCGAUUGAAGAAAACGUGAAUGAGCUGGAGAGGCGAGGAGUGGAGCUGGAGAUGAAGCUGCGCAGCGAGGAGGAGGGUGCCGACGACUCGGUCAUGGAUGAGCUGAUGGAGGAGUGGUUCAGCUUGAUCAGGAACAAGCAGGUGGCCAUGCGUCGGGAGUCUGAGCUCGUCUACAUUGGUAAAACUCAGGAUCUGGAGGAGCAGCAGCCCAGUGUGGAGCAGCAGCUCAGGAGGCUGAUGGAUAAACCUGAGCAUUUGAAAACCGAGUGGGACAGGAAGAAAGAAGCAGAGCUGAUGGAGAAACUGUUGGAGAUCAUCAAUGACAGAAACGCCAUAGUGGAAGGUCUGGACGAGGACCGACUCAGAGAGGAAGAGGAGGACGAGAAACUCAACAAGAUGAUGAUGGAUUUCAACGUUAAGAAGGAGAAAGCAAAGAAGAAGUCCUCCAGGUCCAGACUGUUCAGCUGGGGAAACAAGAAGGAGGGAUGAUGCUCCGCAAAACUCACCGACAUGUCUGUGUUUGACGCUUUUGCUGCGUACUGUCAGUUAAUCUCAUGAGUCAUUGGAUGCAUGAUGACAGUGUGUGUGGCGUUUGUUAUAAAAAUGUCCACCCCUCCAUCGACGGUGUCACUGACGCCCCCCCCCCCCCCCCCCCCGACACACACGGGUUAAUGACUCAGAGCCGUGAUGUGAUUAGGCUCAGUGCUCCACUUGUUCAGUUAAAAUCUUCUCCUAAUCUCCGGGUUUCAUGCCCAUACAUACACACUCCUGCACUCUCUGAGCAUCGCCUGUGCCGCUGUUUGAAAUCAUAUUUGUUUACUGCAACGCUGCUGCUAAUAGGAGCUAAAGACGAAGGCUUAAUACAAAGGUCUGACAGCUGUCUACCGGCUUCAAGCCACAAACCACUUGUGACCAACAUUAAACUCCUUGUUUCUGUGUUGCACAUUGUAUCCACUUUCUGUACAUUUUUGUUAAGAAAAAGACUUUGUUUUGAGGUUUGAAAAUAAACUUUUAUUUAUUAGUA